AUGGACCUGCUUUGGUGCCUGCAGCUUGUCCUCCUCCACCAGGCAACACGUGCCACCCAAGGGACAGAGGAGACCAAAGCCGUGGGCAGCUCCGUCACCUUCCAUCUCCAGAACCUGGAUAGAAGACCAGCAGCCUGGAGCUUUCACAACGAACUCAUAGUGACUGUGAAGCCUGGAGAUCCUCCUGAAACCACCUUUUUUGAUGACAGCUACAAGCCACGCUGGGUCUUCUCCAAGAAUGGCAGCUCCCUCACCAUCCUCCAGCUGAGGAUGGACGAUGCUGGGACCUACAUGGCAAAGAUCUCCGGGACAAAAACAGUCUCCUUCACCCUCCACGUCUACAAGGAGCUGGUGGUACCGAGGGUGACCUGCUUGGCGCGGAACUGCUCGGCUGACGGUUGCAGGUACAUCCUGAGCUGCUCGGCCUCCAGCUCUGGCUCUGGGAACAUCUCCUACAGCUGGAGCUUGGGGGAUGAGCUGUGGACAAAUGAAGCCAGGGUGUUGGUGGAGGAGUCACCCCCGGGGGAACCAUCACCCCUCACGUGCACGGCACGAAACCCCGUCAGCACCCGCAACGUCACCGUCCCCUCACCUGCCACCCUCUGCACAGCACGUGCCACCCAAGGGACAGAGGAGACCAAAGCCGUGGGCAGCUCCGUCACCUUCCAUCUCCAGAACCUGGAUAGAAGACCAGCAGCCUGGAGCUUUCACAACGAACUCAUAGUGACUGUGAAGCCUGGAGAUCCUCCUGAAACCACCUUUUUUGAUGACAGCUACAAGCCACGCUGGGUCUUCUCCAAGAAUGGCAGCUCCCUCACCAUCCUCCAGCUGAGGAUGGACGAUGCUGGGACCUACAUGGCAAAGAUCUCCGGGACAAAAACAGUCUCCUUCACCCUCCACGUCUACAAGGAGCUGGUGGUACCGAGGGUGACCUGCUUGGCGCGGAACUGCUCGGCUGACGGUUGCAGGUACAUCCUGAGCUGCUCGGCCUCCAGCUCUGGCUCUGGGAACAUCUCCUACAGCUGGAGCUUGGGGGAUGAGCUGUGGACAAAUGAAGCCAGGGUGUUGGUGGAGGAGUCACCCCCGGGGGAACCAUCACCCCUCAUGUGCACGGCACGAAACCCCGUCAGCACCCGCAACGUCACCGUCCCCUCACCUGCCACCCUCUGCACAGGCAGCCCCUCGGGCCGGUGGGCUGGGCUGGUGGCUGCAGGGCUGGUGGGAGUCCUGGUGGUUCUAGCAGGGCUUGUGUUCUUCAUCUCCUUGUGCUCCAAAGAAGCUGGAGCAGAUUACACCACAGUAUAUGCUGAAGUUGGUCCUUCCCAGCAGGUGCAACUGCAGGAUUUCCAUUGUGCAGGGCAAGAUGACACCAAGAAGAGACCAACUCCUGAUGUGGAGACCUCCAGAACCAUCUACUUCACCAUCCAGGCUACAGCCCAGAUGGACAAUGAGCUGCUGAAGCAGGACAAGAAGAACCUCCACUUGCUGGUCAGCUAA